UGCACUUUAAAAAAAAUCAAUAGAGCAGGGCGUGGAGCCGGAGUUAAAAGAAGCCUUUAAAAGUCUGCUCUUGUUCUUGCUGUUUUGAAUAGGAACAGAUAAAGCUUUCCCUCUGCUUUGAAUAAGUCAAGCCCAGGGCCAGGCUGGCCCUGAUUGGCCAGAGGUAGGAAAAUGAAGUUACGAUGCAAACACAAGCAAAUAUAACCUAGUGUCUGUGCGGCCAUUGCCGCUGAAGCUGCAGGACCUGGAGCCUCCUGCUUUGGGUAGUUUGUCAAGACCACACUUGAGGCUGUGCUUGCCAGAAGACUGGGAGAGAAGACAAGUUCUGGGAAGACAAGCACUAUGUCUCUGAGCAGCGCCUUCAGGGCUGUGGGCAAUGACCCUGGGAUCAUCACCUGGAGAAUCGAGAAAAUGGAGCUGGCCCUGGUGCCCCUGAAUGCCCAUGGCAACUUCUAUGAGGGGGACUGCUAUAUCGUCCUCUCGACCCGGAGAGUGGGCAGUCUGCUCUCGCAGAACAUCCACUUCUGGAUCGGGAAGGACUCAUCCCAGGAUGAACAGAGCUGUGCAGCCAUCUAUACAACACAGCUGGAUGACUACCUGGGGGGUGGCCCCGUGCAGCACCGUGAAGUCCAGUACCACGAGUCUGACACCUUCCGUGGCUACUUCAAGCAGGGCAUCAUUUAUAAAAAGGGGGGUGUGGCCUCUGGGAUGAAGCACGUGGAGACCAACAGCUAUGAUGUGAAGCGGCUGCUGCAUGUGAAGGGGAAAAGAAACAUCAGGGCCACUGAGGUAGAAAUGAGCUGGGACAGUUUUAACCGAGGUGAUGUCUUCUUGCUGGAUCUCGGGAAGGUCAUUAUCCAGUGGAAUGGCCCCGAGAGCAACAGCGGGGAACGUCUGAAGGCUAUGCUUUUAGCAAAGGACAUUCGGGACAGGGAGCGAGGGGGUCGUGCUGAAAUAGGAGUGAUCGAGGGAGACAAGGAGGCAGCCAGCCCAGAGCUGAUGACAGUCCUUCAGGACACCCUUGGCCGACGCUCCUUUAUCAAGCCUGCAGUCCCCGAUGAAGUCAUGGAUCAGCAGCAGAAAUCAAAUAUCAUGCUGUACCAGGUGUCAGACUCGGCUGGGCAGCUGACAGUCACAGAGGUGGCAACAAGGCCUCUGGUCCAGGACUUGCUGAUCCAUGAUGACUGCUACAUCCUGGACCAAAGUGGAACCAAGAUCUAUGUGUGGAAAGGCAAAGGAGCCACAAAGGUUGAGAGGCAAGCAGCCAUGUCCAAAGCUCUGGACUUCAUCAAGAUGAAGGGCUAUCCCAGCAGUACCAAUGUGGAGACUGUCAAUGACGGUGCUGAGUCAGCCAUGUUCAAGCAGUUGUUCCAGAAGUGGUCGGUGAAAGAGCAGACCACAGGCCUGGGGAAAACAUUCAGCCUUGGCAAAAUUGCUAAAGUUUUCCAGGACAAGUUUGAUGUGACCCUGCUGCACACCAAGCCAGAGGUGGCUGCCCAAGAAAGGAUGGUGGAUGAUGGCAAUGGGAAGGUUGAGGUCUGGAGAAUUGAGAACCUGGAGCUGGUCCCUGUGGAACAUCAGUGGCACGGCUUCUUCUACGGGGGAGACUGCUAUCUGAUUCUCUACACAUAUGAGGUGAACAGGAAGCCCCAUUACAUCUUGUACAUCUGGCAGGGUCGCCACGCCUCACAGGAUGAGCUGGCAGCCUCAGCCUACCAGGCCGUGGAGGUGGAUCGGCAGUUUAAUGGGGCCCCUGUGCAGGUUCGGGUCAGUAUGGGGAAGGAACCGCGCCACUUCAUGACUAUCUUCAGGGGGAAGCUGGUUAUCUAUGAGGGUGGGACUUCCAGGAAAGGAAAUGCUGAGCCUGAUCCUCCAGUAAGACUCUUCCAGAUUCAAGGAAAUGACAAAUCCAACACCAAAGCAGUGGAGGUCCCGGCCUUUGCCUCUUCCUUAAACUCUAACGACGUCUUUCUGCUACAGACCCAGGUGGAGCACUACCUGUGGUAUGGCAAGGGGUCUAGCGGAGAUGAGCGAGCCAUGGCUAAGGAGCUGGCCGGGCUUCUCUGUGAUGGCACUGAGGACACUGUGGCCGAGGGCCAGGAGUCAGCUGAGUUCUGGGACCUACUGGGAGGAAAAACACCCUAUGCUAAUGACAAAAGACUACAGCAGGAGAUCUUAGAUGUCCAGGCCCGGCUCUUUGAAUGUUCUAACAAGACUGGCCGGUUCCUUGUCACUGAGGUCACAGACUUUACCCAGGAUGACCUUAACCCAGGUGAUGUGAUGCUCCUGGACACCUGGGACCAGGUGUUCUUGUGGAUAGGAGCUGAGGCCAAUGUCACAGAGAAGGAGAGAGCUCUUGUGACUGCCCAAGAGUACCUGCACACUCACCCCAGUGGCCGAGACCCCAACACACCAAUCCUCAUCAUCAAGCAAGGGUUUGAACCUCCCACCUUCACAGGCUGGUUCCUGGCCUGGGACCCUCACAUUUGGAGUGCAGGAAAAUCAUAUGAACAGUUAAAGGAAGAGCUGGGCGAUGCUGCUGCUAUCAUGAGAAUCACCGCUGACAUGAAGAAUGCAACCUUCUCCCUGAAUUCUGCUAACAGUGAAUCAAAAUAUUACCCUAUAGAGGUUCUACUGAAAAGUCAGAAUCAGGAGCUACCUGAGGAUGUGAACCCUGCCAAAAAAGAGAAUUACCUCUCCGAACAGGACUUUGUCACUGUGUUUGGCAUCACAAGAGGGCAAUUUGUUGCUCUGCCUGGCUGGAAACAGCUCCAGCUAAAGAAAGAAAAGGGACUCUUCUAAAACAAGACAGUGUCUUGCCGGCUUCCAGACCAUAGAAGAAAGCAGACAGUGCCAAUAUGAGCAAGACUUUACCAAUUUCUGCCUGACACUCAGCUACGCAUACAGAUACAAUACUCUGAAAAAUCACAGCAUGUUCUCUUUCCCCUCCCCAUUUUCUGGCUUUUGUGGCCAUUAGCUAACGCUUUAACAAAAAGCAUGAAUGUAAAGAAAUCAAAAGUACCAAAUAAGUAAGCUUAAAAUGUUUAACACUAUGUCAGGGCCUAUAUUUGCUUUAAAUUUAAGAUUGGCAUUUCUAAAACCUAGCUUGAUGCUGAAAGCAUUGGUUAUUGCAUGUGCUCAAGGUCAAAACCCACAUGCCUAGAUCCACGAUGUGCCAGGGCAUUUUUAACUUUUCAAAUAAAGGGAGCAUCAA